AUGGAACUAUCGGCAAUAAUGUCGCCGGCGAACUACCCGGAAAGAAGUUGUAGUUAUUCUCAAGCAAUUACUCUUACAAAUCGCCGCCAAAUAGUUCAGAGUCGCAAAUUAAAAUACGUUCGAACAACUUCCCCUUCUUUGAAAUUAUCCCCAGUGAUUACGGAUUGCGACAAUGCAGAAGUCAUCGGUGCAAGAGAGUGCAAAGGGAAGGAAUGGAUUCACUUUGUCGGCGUUGGAGGUUGUGGUUUGUCCGCUCUCGCCAUGCUUGCUCUCAAACAAGGUUAUGAGGUCAGUGGUUCUGAUAUGACGUGGAGCGAUGCCAUGGACGCAUUGCGAGAAGCAGGUGCUCGAGUGUAUAUUGGCCAUUCUGAGCUUAAUUUGAGAAAGAAUAAUGGGUUGGUGCCUGAUUCCCUUGUUGUGUCAAGUGCUAUUCGUGGGGGCAAUGUGGAGAUUUUACAUGCCGAGUCUGUUGGAAUACCUGUGUACAAGCGAGGAGCUUGGUUGGGUAGGAUCACCAAAGGUUACAACCUCAUUGCUGUCAGUGGGAGCCAUGGGAAGACUACCACAGCUAGUAUGCUUGCUUUUGUAUUAAAUGCAAUGGGGGAUGAUCUUACAGCUGUAAUUGGGGCUCGGGUACCACAGCUUGCUGAAAGAAACAUCAUCUGUGGAACUGGUUGCAACUUUGUACUGGAGGCUGAUGAAUAUGACUGUUGCUUCCUUGGAGUAACACCUCAAAUAGCUGUGGUAACAAAUGUAGAUUGGGAACAUGUAGACAUGUUUCAAGACGAGGAAGCAGUUAAAACUAUUUUCAGGAAGUUCAUAGGUCAGAUAAGGGUUGGAGGACAUUUAAUUUUAUGCGGUGAUAGUCCGGUUGCAUGUUCUUUGGUCAACAAAACGGACUCAGGCUCUGCUCUUCCAGUUCUUCGCAAUGAUGCAUUCCAGAUUUCAACUUACGGAAUUUCUAGUUGUAACGAUUGGCAUGCCGUAUCAAUAUCCCCAAACUCUUGUGGGGGUAGUGACUAUCAGCUGUUUCACAAGGGACUUCAUAUUGCGGACAUCAGCCUACAGAUGCCUGGAGUCCACAAUGUUCUUAAUUCAUUAGCAGUCAUUGCAACAAUCAGUGCUCUUUCCACGGAUCAGAAAAACUUUCUUAGUUCCAUUGCUUCUUUGAAACUACACUUGCAAAAUUUUGAAGGUGUUUCUAGACGUUUUGAGAGGAUAGGUACAGUCCGUGGGUGCCAUAUAUACGAUGACUAUGCUCACCAUCCCACCGAAAUUCAAGCUACUAUUCAAGCAGCACGCCAGAGGUUUCCGUUUCAAAAACUUGUAGUAAUAUUUCAGCCUCAUACAUACAGUCGUCUAGCAGCAUUGAAAGAUGACUUUGCUAUUGCAUUCACUAAUGCGGAUAGGGUUGUGAUUACAGAGAUUUAUGAAGCUAGAGAAACAAAUCUGUGGAAGAUCAAUGGCCGCGAUCUUGCAAUAUCUAUAGUUGACCCACCAUCUGAGUUUAUCCCUUCCCUGAUACAAGUGCUGGAAAUGCUGGUUGUUCAUAUAUCCAAGGAUCCCGAUCAUGAAACUGUCAUCUUGACCCUAGGAUCAGGAGACAUAACUUCAGUGGGUCGUAAACUACUAACUGAAUUGCAGCACAGAUUGCUAUAAUGUACUGCUUCACGAGACUGGCAGCUAACUCAGAUGUUUAUAGCCUUCAC